UACACUGCCUCAGAUGAAUGUGAACGAACAAGGAAGAUGCGGGUGGCGCCUCGUUUCUCACCCCACCUCACCUCCCUUAGUAGAUGUACCUAAGUUAGCUGACCUUCCAAGCUUCGGGACACAGACCUAUUUAUCUCGGGGUCCCUCGGUCGGUCUCUCUGGCUCGGCCUCUCCAGGCCUCCGGGAAAUCUCUGCGGUUCGCGCCCGGGUCGAGUUCAAAAGGACGCGCGGAGUGGCGCCGGCCCUUCCCCGGCAGCCCGUCCAACUGGAAAGAUCUGCCCUUCCUCGAGGUCUUCAACCACUGGCAGCAAUGACCAGCUUCCUGACCACACCUUCUCCAGGAGAAGAACUGAUGACUACCCCAAUUCUGCAGGCCACUGAGGCCCUGUCCCCAGAAGCUGGAGCCAGCACAGCACUCAUUGCAGUUGUUAUCACCGUGGUCUUCCUCACCCUGCUCUCAGUCGUGAUCUUGAUCUUCUUUUACCUGUACAAGAACAAAGGCAGCUACGUCACCUAUGAAUCUGCAGAAGGCGAGCCCAGUGCCAUCCUUCAGAUGGAGAAUGAUUCAGCCAAGGGCAGAGAGAAGGAGGAAUAUUUCAUCUGACGACUCCUGGGCCCCAAGGAGCUUAUUCCUGGCUCCAGUGCUAACACAUUGACUGUUUAAUUUAUUAGGUGAAAGUUUUCUCUCAAAGCAGUGAGAAGCAGUGAUUGAUGUAGGCAAAUCCAAGCUCCUUCCAGGACACAGUCCCAAAUGCCAACAUCACUGACUCCAGGGACCAGGGACAUGGAAGAAAGCUGCUUAUGAUGUCUUUAAACGGGCAUUCGUAAUAGAGCUGGUGUUUGUAACUGGCCAACAAGGCAGGGCUCUACCAGGGGACAUUUGAGUAUGUGCCCAGUCAUCUUAACUUUUUUCACAGGUCAAAGGGAUGGAAAAGAAAGUUAGGGUCACUGGCUGCUCCACUCUGUCCUCUACGUGGUCACCUAGUGAUAGCUCCAGUGGAGAUACUGUCCAGAGUUCUUCCCAGGUGCUGGAUACCAUAGUAUAGACUAUGGAGAUCUUACCUCCUGAUGAGUGUGCUACAUCCCUCAAUCUGAGCCCUUCCUUUCCAUAGUUCCCAAUGACCUUAAUACUUAUGUGAUUUUUA